AUGGAGGGGAGCAAUGGGAGCUCCCAGGGAGUGUUCAUCCUACUGGGGCUUUCUGACAAGCCAUACCUGGAGAAGUUGCUCUUUGUGGUCUUUCUGAUAACCUACAUCGUGACUUUGCUGGGGAACCUGGCCAUUAUUGUGGUUUCACGCUUGGAUCCUAGUCUCCAUACGCCCAUGUACUUCUUCCUCAGCAAUCUCUCUCUCCUGGAUAUCUGUUACACCACCAGCACUGUGCCUCAGAUGCUGGUUAACUUCCGGAGCACCCUCAAGACCAUCUCCUGGGCCGGCUGCGUGGCGCAGCUCUUCAUCUUCCUUGGCCUGGGGUCCAUCGAGUGUGUCCUGCUGGCAGUCAUGGCCUAUGACCGAUAUGCAGCCGUCUGCCAGCCCCUGCGCUACACCAGCAUCAUGAACCACCGCCUCCUAAGUGGCAUCACCAAUUCCCUUGUGCAGACUAGCCUGUUGCUGCGCGUGCCCUUAUGUGGACGGAACCGGGUUGACCACUUCUUUUGUGAGGUGCCAGCUCUUCUCGAACUGGCCUGUGCCGAUACCUCCACCAAUGAGAUUGGGCGGCUUGUCGCCUCUGUGGUGUUGUUACCAAUGCCUCUGGGCCUUAUCCUAGUCUCCUAUGGCUAUAUUGGAGCUGCUGUAAUGAAGAUCCGCUCAGCUGAGGGCAGGCGCAAGGCCUUUAAUACCUGCACUUCCCACUUAAUGGUGGUAUCACUUUUCUAUGGCACAGCCACCUAUAUGUACAUGCAGCCCCCAUCCAACAAACCCCAUAACCAGAGCAAGAUGGUUUCACUUUGCUAUGGUCUCAUCACCCCAAUGCUGAACCCCCUGAUCUAUACACUGAGGAACAAGGACGUGCAUGGGGCCCUAAGGAGAAUAAUAGGAAAGCAGUUCUGGAUGCAGAGGACAUAA